UCGACUCUGUAGCUCAUGCUCACACGCACGCUAACUAUCCAUAGUGUAGCUAGAAUGGAACAGCUGACGAGUGACGACUGUCAGCAGGAGGACGAGCUCAAUCUUGGGCUCACCCUCCUCACCACGGCCGCGACGGAGCCCGGCGUCGGCUUCUUCCUCUGCGUGUACUGCGACCGUAAGUUCCGCAGCUCGCAGGCGCUCGGCGGCCACCAGAACGCGCAUAAGCACGAACGUAGCGUCGCCAAGCGCCGGCAGCUGAUCGCUGCCGCGACGCGCGUGGGUGCGCGUGCUGCGGCGCAGGACGAGAGGCAGCCCGGGUACCACCCCGGGGGCGGUGGCGAUUUCAUGUCUGCGGCUGGGAAGGCGAGGAAGACUGCUGCUGGAAAGGCGCACAAGCACGACAGGAGCUCGCCGGAGUACGACGAUGGCGCCGACAAUGUGGAUUUGUCUAUGGCUGGGAAGGCGAGGAAGACUGCUGCUGGAAAGGCGCACAAGCACGGCAGGGGCUCGUCGGAGUACGGCGAUGGCGCCGAUGACAUGGACUUGUCUCUCAGGCUAUGAUCGACCUACUAGUUUGUCCCAGAUCCACACCCAGCUUACUACUAGUUGACAGCGCGCAUCCGCUACAUGAUUCGGUAUGCCGAGGUCUUCUUUGGUGAUUACAUGUGAAACUGCUGCUAUGCCUGCUUGUUUCAAGCUGUGUGUGUGUUGGAUUCUUAUGUUCUUUUUCCGUUGAGUUUUUCCUCAUGAAAUUCCUUGACCAGAAAGAAAGUUUGAUCUUAUGACCUUGCUAGUUGCUAGUGUGUUUUCGAGUGUUUAUGUUGGGUUGGCUUUGUGCAUC